AUGGCAGCGCUGCCCAGGGCCUUCAGUCUGACAGAUUCCCAGUCCCUGGACGGAUGUAUCCAGAGCACGCUCUCGGUGCUCUACCCUCCCUUCGAGAUCACAGCAGCCACUGUUCUGUGUCAGGUCUUUGACGUGGUGGAGAAAACAUACGGAGGGGACGGCCUGCACUACCUCAUCGACUUCCUGAUCCCGGCCAAGCACAUCUUGCAAUGCAUCCAGCAGGAUGCCUGUGUGCGGUACUGUGGCUUGCUGUUCCGGCACGAAGGCUGGCCCCUCUGCAUCUGUGAGAAGGUGGUGGUCCAGCUUGCCUCCCUUGAUUGGCGGAUCCUGAGGCCUGGAGACUUUUACCUCCAGGUGGCCCCUUCCCUGAAGAGGUCCCCGCGAGUCCUCGUGAAGUGCUUGGCCAAGAACAAGUGUCACGUCGAGGAGCUCGUGGUGCCCGAAGUCGCCUACACCUCUGUCUUCACUGCAGAAUGGCUGAGCCAGAUCAACAAGGAAUGGACGGGGACGGCGCUGGAGAACUGCCUGCUGGCCACAGAGGGCAACGUUUUCCGGGUGCCCUGGGGCAAAAUAGUCAACCCGGAGUUCAUCGAUAAACCCAAAGCAAUGGAGAGCACAGCGGGUUCUGCCCCCGUGACAGUACGGUCUUGUUCCCACAGCUUUUCAGAGGAGCAGCCCCCAAGCAGCUCUCCUGAGGUGGGACCACCCUUUCUUUGUGGGCCCGGAGAUGACCUGUUUGUGGCCAUAACAGAGGGAUCCAUGAGGGGAGCUGCUGGCAAGGAGUGGCUGAGCCCAGAGCAAAGUGAGGACCCCGAAUGUGGCUUGGCAGGAGAGGGUGCAGCAUCCACGGGUGUCCCCUUGCCUCAGGGUGGGCCUGGAAGGGCAUCCGUCAACCAGCCAGGGCCCCCCAGGCAGGACAUGGAGCCCAGGAUGCAAGGAGAGGAGCGGCCCAUCACCAGUCUGGACGGAAGUGUGUGCCUGAGGAGCAGACUCUGCUUGGCACUCCCAGCAACGGUGUGUGGGCAACGGGAGGCUCCCGAUAGCCAAGCCAGCGAUGCCGGGAAUUGUUUGGAGGAGCACAGUGGAGCAGGGGGUGUCGAACCUCUGCCAGACAUCCCGGAAGGCCCCAGGGGCCCUGCCUCUGCCACUAGCACCUCUGUCCACUCCAGUGCCGAGAGGCCUUCCCACACGCAGGCCCCAGAAGUGCGGCUGCAGCAUGAGCUCGACUGGAGGUACGCCAUGUGCAGCUACAACGAUGCGGAGGAGGAGCCUGAAGGCGAGCUGCCGGCCACAGCGGAACAUUCCAGAAUAGCAGGGCCCGCUCAGAGGAACUGCUCUGGGACAAAAAAUGGCCACAGGGACAGAGAGCACUGCCCGGGCGGGUUUGGCACAGAGGCGACAUGGGAGGCAGGCCGCAGCUGCGGCAGGACUGGGAAGGAGCUCCCUGCAGGGUCUCACCCAGGCCAUUUGGCCAGUUGCAAAAGCUGGGAGGAGACCUCUGGCAGCUCUGGAGCGUGGCUGCAGGACGAGGUCUUCCCCCCAGAGCCCCUCACUGAAGGAAGGGGGGCUCAAGGCCCUGCUUCCCAGGAAUGGCCUGCUGGGCUGCCAGGGCACCAUUUGCAGCCACUUCCCAUCCCGGAGGAGACACGUCCCAGGCAAGCGGGUGCACUGGCAGGGCUGGGCAGUGCACUCUGUGAGGCAGGAGGCCCCCCACAGCUGGGCCGGCUAAGCCUGCCCCGGACUCGGAGGCGUCCAGGCUCAGGAGACCCUCUCCCCCUGGAAGGACAGUCGGUGGGAGCCCUGCUCAGCGAUGCUGGGCACGAGGACGCAGACUGCGGCCAGCAGCUCAUGCAGAGAAACCCGGGAGCAGAGCUGAAGGUGCACGGCUGCAGCCCAUUGGCGGAAGCCGGCUCACAGGCUGGGGGCACCUCCAGCCACACAAACGAGGAAGGGGCCGUGGCAGCACACUGGGGGGGGCAGCGAGGCAAAGCACAGCCUUGCUCGUUGGGAAUGCUCGAGGAGAUGGCCUGCCCGCCCGGGCGAUGUGGAGGGGGCAACCAGCCCAUCCCCUGCGAGCCUCCAGGCAAGCAUUCACCCAACAGGCCAGAAGAGGCGGCGGCAAGAGCGUCCCUGUCAGAGCCACCGAAGGACGGGCAGCCAGGCGGCCCCUGGGAUGGUGCAAAUGGGGAGCAUGGCACAGAGCCCUCGCUGAAAUGGGCCAAAAACAGCAGAGGAGCUGGCAAGGUUGGCCGGGGAUCAGCCCAUCAUGGCUGCAGCUGGGAAGAAGGCUCAGCAUCAGCUGCAUCCCGAGAACCACUCUCCUUUCCGUCCAGUGGAGGUCUGCAAGCUGCCCCCACUUCGAUGAAAGAGGUGAACUGGGAGGUGCUUCAGAGCGGAGUUGCCUGCUUGCCUGGCACCAGAGACAAAUCCGGGCGAGCAGUGGCUGUCGUCACAGCGAGGAACGCCAUUUGGCAGAACCCCCGUUGCAGCGCCACUGAACUGGCGUGCCUCCUCCUGUACUUGCGCAGCACGCUCAGGCCCGAGUGCCAGGCUUUGGGCCUGGUCGUCCUGGUAGAUGCCCGGCGAUGCUCUCCAGUUCCAGCUCUCUUUAAAGCUUUUACCAUCCUGCAGGACUGUGACCCUCAGAGCAUCCAUGGAGCCCUCCUGCUCGUGGAGAAGGAUGCCCCCUUCCGGAUAGAGAAGCCCUCCUCUGUACAGUGUGAAGUUCUCACCUCCAUGAAGGCCCUGCACAAGCACGUCGAGGGGGCGCUCCUGCCCCUGGAGCUUGAGGGGGCGCUCCCCUAUUGCCACCAGGACUGGCUGCGCUUCCGGAUGCGUCUGGAGCACUUGCUGCAGGGGUGCCAAGGUGCCUGCGCAUUCCUCGGGAGCGCCAUUCGGGCGGUGGAGUCCAGCCGAUGGCCAGAGAAAGCUGAGGAGGUGGCGGCCCUGCUGAAGGACGACAGGCGGCGCAUGAAGGUGGUCCUGGACGAUGCUCGGCUGGCAGCGCUGCAGCUGGAAGGCGGGGCGCUCCUGGCCCGGCUGAGGAAGGAAGAGUCCUGCGUGACUCUGUCAGAGGGCUACUGGGAUGCCCUGGAGGCAGCCAGUGCCCUCUUCAACCAAGUGGAUGAGGGCAUCCACCAGCUGGUCUUGGCCUCCAACAAGCGCAUCCAGGCCCUGGAGCUGGUGACAGACUUCGAGGCCUUUGACAGACACUUUCAGGAGGUUGGCCGCUGGAUAGAGAAUGUUGGCCGGAUACGCCUCGGGGAGCUGAGCCAGGUGGACGAGGCCUCGGAGGACCCGCUUCAGCUGCAGCAGCAGUUCCAAGACUUCGAGCUUGUGGCAAGUGAGUAUUGCCAGAAAGGCUGGGAAGCCCUGAGCGAGAUGGAGGGGAAGUGGUCAGAGUGCUCCCCUGCGGGGCGGUGUGUCGACUACGGAGUCAAGCUGCAGGCGUGCCGAAACCAGCUGCAGGGGUUCUGCAGCCAGCUGGAAGCCUGCAGGGCCCGAAUCGGGCAGGCCACCUGGCUCUACAGGUUCCUGGAGCAGGCACACGCGUGGGCCCUGCAGGGGAUGCACCACCUAGACAGCAUCCAGGAGGAGGACUGCAACUCUCCGGAGCGCUGCGGUGCCGUGGCCACCUGCCUGGAGGGCCACCUGGGGCAGCAGCCCCGGCUAUUUUGUGAGGCCAAAUUCCAGGAGACGCGGAAGCUGGCCAGUCAGCUCGGGAGUAGCCAGGCCCUUGCCCGGUGGCAGUUUGUGUGGUCCGCCUACCAGGAGAUGCUGCUGGCCUCCAGGAGGCGGCUGGAGGCUGCCCGGAGCACCCAGAGGUCCUGGAGGGCCGGUCGGGAGCAGGCACCGGAGGGAGAGGCCGACGGGCCCAGCCGUGAGGGGGCUGCUUGGGCCACAGGCACUGACCAGGCGCACUCUCACCAGGGGCCUGGUUGCCCCCCUGGGUGGGCUGGAGAAGGGGCGGGAGGCAGCUGUGAGCAUGGUGGGGCUGGGGAGCGGGUCACAGCCCAGGCCGACUGCAGGGCGUGGAGGGUUGCCCGCGAAAGUCCAGGGCCACCGUGCUGUGUCCAGGAGGAGGAGGAGGAGGAGGAGGAGGAGAGGGGCUCACUGGAGAGCAUCGCAGAGGCCUGGGGGGCCUCGUCUUCCCCCUCCCCGCAGCAGCCACCUCCCAAAAGGACCUUGAGGAAGGCCCAGAGCUUCGACCUGCCCUGUGCGGAGAGCCUGCACUCCAGCUGCCAGCGAGCGUUGAGUGAGCCGCCCCGCCACGGCCUGGGGCCUGGCCCCAGCCACCCCGGCGUCUUCAUCAAGGGCCUGGAGGUCAGCGGCACCCGGCUCGCACAGGGGGACUCUGGGGCCCAGCAGCAGCCUCCCUUGCCCUGCCGGGCUGCCAGUGGAGAGCCAGAGGAGCGGCCGAGCGGGGUCCCUGAGCCAGAGGCCAAAAGCUGGGGCAGCAGGCUGCGGCACAUUGCGGACGAGAUGGUGGUGACGGAGCGGGAGUACGUGCGCUCCUUGCGCUUUGUCCUGGAGAGCUACUUCCCCGAGAUGGAGCAGCCCGGCCUGCCCCAGGAGCUGCGGGGGAAGCGGAGCGUCAUCUUCGGCAACCUGGAGAAGCUUCACGAGUUCCACAGUCAGUACUUCCUGCGGGAGCUGGAGAACUGCCGCAAGCACCCGCUGCGCGUUGGCCACUGCUUCUUGAGACACAAAGACCAGUUUGGGAUGUAUGCGCUGUACAGCAAGAACAAGCCCAAGUCUGACGUGCUGCUGGCCAGCCGCGGGAACGUUUUCUUCAGGGUCAAGCAGCUGCAGCUGGGGGACAAGAUGGACCUGGCCUCCUACCUGCUGAAGCCGAUCCAGCGCAUGAGCAAAUAUGGCCUGCUGCUCAAGGACCUCAUCCGGCAGGGCGAGGGGGCGCAGGAGCACGAGCUAGUCUGCCUGCGGGCUGCCGAGGAGAUGGUGCGCUUCCAGCUGCGGCAUGGCAAUGACCUCCUGGCCAUGGACGCCCUCCGCAACUGUGAUGUGAACCUCAAGGAGCAGGGCCAGCUGGUGCGCCAGGAGGAGUUCGGCGUGACCGUGGGCCGCCGGAAGUGCCAGCGCCAUGUCUUCCUCUUUGAGGAGCUGAUUCUUUUCAGCAAGCCCAAGCGGGUUGAGGGCGGCCUGGACGUCUACCUCUACAAGCGUUCCUUCAAGACCGCAGACAUCGGCCUGACGGAGAACUCGGGUGAGAGUGGCCUGCGCUUUGAGAUCUGGUUCCGGCGGCGGAAGGCCGGCGACACGUACAUCCUGCAGGCCAGCAGCAGAGAGGCCAAGCAGGCCUGGACACGCGACAUCGCCCGCCUCCUGUGGGAGCAAGCCGCCCGCAACAAGGAAAUCCGCCUGCAGGAGAUGGUGUCGAUGGGUGUGGGGAACAAGCCCUUCCUGGACAUCAAGCCAAGCGAAGCUGCUAUCCAGAACCGUGCCAUCGAUUAUCUCAUGAAAGGUCGAGGGGCACGGACCCGGGCCUCCAUCGCCGUCUCCCUCUUUGACCACACCGAUCCCUACAGGAGGUCGCAGGCUCCUCCACCUGCUGGUGGCCCAUCCUCCUGCUCUGUGCUUGGUCCUCUCAACCUGCACACAUACCAGGACCAAGCCCUGCUGCCAAGCGUGCUGGCUGGCAGCCGGCCUUUCUGCGCCAGGGCUGGCAUAGAGGAGGAGGCCGAGAAUGAGACGGGCAGCCAGCCUUCCCUGGCCACAGAGAGCUCGGGGUCCUCCUCCCAGUGCAUGUCUGGCAGCGGCUCCAGCAGUUCGGACAACGGCUGUACCUCUGCCCUCCCCCAGGGGAGCCUCCGUGAAGACCUGGGCCCACUGCACUUCCCCUCAGCAGGCUCUUCCUUGGCUCCGCUGCUGGAGGACAAGCCCCGCUCUCCCAAGAGCCAGUAUGUGUCAGCGGUCUGAGCACCGCUUCCCUUGGCAUUUCUGAAGAGCCAGGAGGAUGGAGCAGCACACCGGGCCUGGCUUGAUGGGGCACGCCACCGAAAUGGGCAUGGAAGGCCGCCCUGUUGGCAGUGGACCACGGCUGUGGGGGCUGGAGUGGAGAUUUGGUGGGUCUCACAGGGCAGCCUCCAGAAGGGCAGUGACACCUCUGCAGAGCCCAUGUGCCUGAGGGGCAAUUCCUGGGCUCUUGUUUUUCUGCAACUGACUGGUUUUGUUCUACAAGAUGCACAUUUUUAAAGUUUUUGAAAUGUAGCAGAAAGCAAACUAUUUAUUUUUAAAGCAGAGGGAAACGUUCUCUGCACAUUCAAGACCUUGUUGCCCGGGCUGGUUCUCUUUUAGUUUGGCCUGGUUUGCAGAUAAUUUAUUGCCUUGUUUUUACUCUCCAAGCCUUCCAUAGAUUCCACAUGCUGCUGGGCGCCUCUCCAUGUUGUCCCUCGCUGCCACCAACAGUCCCCUCCCGACUGGCAGCACACCCAGAAGCUAAACGGGUUUCGGGGGAAUGGCCACUGCAGGAAGCCGCGGGACAAGCCCCAUCUCCAAGCACCGCUGCGUUCAGAGCAGGCACCUGCCCAGCCUGCCCCCUUCCUCCCCAUAGGCUGCCUUCCGCCUCCAGAGUGUUGGCAUGGGGAGCCUCUCGCUCAUGUGCAGCCAGAGGGGUGUGGCCACCGGCCAGCCUCUUCUGCUUCUGGCCAGGCAGCUGGAAGUUCCCAAUUUUGCACCUCUGGCUUAUCCCUAGGGAAGGGAAGGGGCUCCCAACCAUUUGCGCCACGAACUUGAUGGGUGCCGUUUGUGGGCUGCAGGCAGUGGAGGCUUCGUCUAGCACACUCAGGAGGAUGGUGCAUUGACCACUCUCUGCUGUUGCCAUUAUUUCAGCUUCACUCUUCAAAUGUCCUUCCUUUGCCUCUAGAGUAUUAAUUGCAUUCUCUUUCAGUCUUAAGAUUCAGGUGCCUUGCCUUGCCUGGAUUUUUUCAACCUUUUUUUCUUUCUCUGAAUGGAAUGCUAGACCGCAUGAUAGUGAGGUGUGGGGAUAACAGCUAGAUAGGAGUUACAGCAGAAGUUUCCAAGCUGAAGAGAAGGGGUUUAACUUUGAGACAGGAGGGAGCCCAGGAACUGUUUUGCUUGAGCCAGAGUUGGCCACGUGCUGGAACUCCUCAGUUUAGGCCUUUUGUUGAUGUUGUUCCUACUGGGAGGGGAUGAGGUUCCUUCCUGUGUCUGGCACCACCGUUAUGUUUCAGGUUUGACUGAUUUUUUUAAAUGAAAGUUGUUUCUUCCAAUGCA